UCCUUUUCACGUCAGUUGAAUCUGGCCAGCGGAAUCUAUGGUUACAGUGAAAAAAUAUUAAGAAAUUUGAUUCUCUCACACAACUAGUAAUACUUGUGCCUUAAGCACAAUGUAAGUGAUUCUUCUCUUUCUUCAAUUUUAAUUCAUCUACUAUAGCGGUUUCUUCUGUGCAGAAAGCAAAAAGUUAUCCAUGCAAAAGAAUGAUGAAUAUAACGUAUAGAAAUUUAGUGAACUUGAACGCUAAAAGGCUUACAGAAGCUUUAAUACUUGCUUUUAACAACCCCAUCAAAGCAGAUUAUACUAUUUACUCAAAUAUAAUUCAGCUUUGUAUUGAUCUAAAGGCUCAUAAACAAGGUCGUUUGGUUCAUUCCCAUAUUAUAACUAGUGGGUUUCCUUCAAAUGUUCAUUUGGGAACCAAAUUGAUCAUUUUCUAUACAAUGUUUGAUGACAUGGUGUCUGCACGCAAAGUGUUUGAUAAAAUGCCUGAAAGGAAUGUGGUUUCAUGGACUUCACUUUUAUCGGGGUAUUCUCGUAAUGGGUAUUCACAAGAAGCGAUUAAUGUGUUUGUUGAUAUGCGUAGGGAAGGUAUGAGGGGGAAUCAGUUUACUUAUGGAAGUGUCUUGAGGGUGUGUACUAGUUUGUCGUGUAUGAAAUUAGGAAAACAAAUACAAGGGUGUGUUCAGAAGAGUAGGUUUGUGGAUAAUUUGUAUGUUCAGAGUGCGUUGGUUGAUUUUAACGCCAAAUGUGGAGAUAUGGAGGAUGCUUUUCGUGUUUUUGAGUCGAUGUCAGAGAGAGAUUUGGUUUCUUGGAAUGUCAUGAUUUCUGGAUAUGCUUUUCGAGGUUAUGAUAUUGAUGCGGUUUUAUUGUUUCGUUGGAUGUUCAGACAAGGUAUACUCCCUGAUUGCUUCACAUUGGGAAGUGUUCUCAAAGCGUCUGUAGGAGAUGGCAAGUGUGGUGGACUAGCGAAAGUAAGUAUGAUACAUGGAUGUAUUAUUCGACUUGGUUAUGAGUCGUAUAGUAUUAUUAGUGGAUCAUUAGUUGAUGCCUAUGUGAAAUGUGGAAACUUGGCCAAUGCAAAUUAUGUAUAUAAGAAGAUGCAAAACAAAGACAGGAUUUCAUGCACUGCCCUAAUUACUGGAUAUGCACGUGAAGGUAAAAAUAGCAGUGAGUGUCUGCAACUCUUUUGUCAAUUACAUCGGGAUCAUAGGGAAAUCGAUAGCAUUAUUUUAUGCUCUAUGAUCAACAUAUGUGCCAAUACAGCGUCACUGUCUUUGGGGAGACAGCUACAUGCUAUUGCCAUAAAAUAUCAGAGCAAUGUUGAUGUGGCUAUGAGUAAUGCUUUGGUUGAUAUGUAUGCAAAAACAGGAGAAAUUGAAGAUGCCAACAUUGUUUUUCAUCACAUGACAGAGAAAAAUGUAAUAUCAUGGACGUCAAUGAUCUCUGCAUAUGGCGCGCAUGGUCAAGGAGUCUAUGCAGUUUCAUAUUUUAAGAAGAUGGAGUGUGAAGGUUUUGAGCCAAAUGAUGUAACAUUCUUGUCUCUCCUGUUUGCUUGUAGCCAUAAUGGGUUGACUGCUGAAGGAUGGGAAUGUUUCACUAUGAUGGUUAGAAAAUAUAAAAUUGUUCCAAGAGAUGAGCAUUACUCUUGCCUUGUGGACCUUUUUGCGCGCAGCGGCUGUUUGGAUGAAUCAUAUGAUUUGAUUUGCAGGAUUAAUAUAAAGCCCAGUGCCUCUCUUUGGGGUUCAGUCCUUGGGGCAUGUAGCAUAUAUGGAAAUAUGCACCUUGGAGAGGUAGCAGCCAAGCAUUUAUGCAAUAUCGAACCUACGAAUGCCAUUAGCUAUGUGGUUCUAGCAAGUAUGUAUUCUGGAGCUGGCUUGUGGGAUAUUGCUUGGAAUGCACGAGAUGUGGUUCAAACUAGAAGGUUACCAAAAGAUCCUGGUUACAGCCUUUUUCAUUCUGGCAAUGAUAUGGUAGCCCUUAUUCCUACUGGCUGAUACGUAAAAUUAAUCCAGAUCUUCCUUGUAAUGUUUCAUACUACCUAGAUUUUUGGGAAGUAUUUUUUGAAUGUGAGUUUUGAUAGUAGUUUCAGCAUGCAGCGAUGAUGCAAUGCAGCUAUGGAUAUUCAUAAGGUGGACCUAUGGGGGCAAUUGAAACUUUGAAAUUUGAAUGCACUGGAAAUGGAUUGAUAGACAGCAACCUGGUGCACGUAUAAGACACUUAUUGGGAGCCAUAUGCUACUAAGUCACUGGAGAGAGCAGCGCUGGAGAUGAUCAAGACUGUGGAGCCUCCUCAAUGCUUCUCAUGGGAGAGUCACCAGGUGUCCUGAAAAUUCAACGCCAUUAACUAGCAGGAGCAAUGCUGUAUUGCGCUACAAGGAAAAGAAGAAGACACAACAGUACGUUUUCUUUUAAUUCGAGAAGCGAGAGAGAUAUGUUCCUCACAAGGCAAGGACCGACGUGAGAAGGUGUGUGAAGGGACGGUUUGUCAAGGCUGGUGAUGUGAUCCACUGAGCCAGACCAGAAGCUAUUGAUCGUAAAACAUUUUCCUGUACAUAUAAGGAGAAAUACAGUCCAUUUAAAUACGAACAAUUGGUUGAGGUUUCAGGCAAAUGGAUGAAAGGAUGCUGUAUUUAUUGUGCCGUGACACAGAGUAGAUUGUUUCUGAGGGGAUUACUGUUUCCAAUCAGGGAAAGCUGGAUCUAGAAAGUAGAUUUCACUCUCAAUACAUUUUUGGAUGCCGAGAUCAGUUUGAGUCGAUUUCUGAGAACAAUUUUUAAGAAGCUAGAUUUAAUUUUCGGUGAAACAAAGAAAUGCACAAGGGAUAAAAGGUACUGUAUAAGCAAGUUGACUAAACUUUUGACAGUAAGUAUUCUUAAGGUUUUAUUUGUUUUCAUUAAGGUUAAGACGUCUGAAUCUGAAUGCACAUCUGAAUGAUUAAGAUGUUGUCUCUAGGUCUGAAUACUGAAUGAUUAAGACUGUUUGUUUUUCAA